UUUUCUAAAAGGAAAUGAUAACCAACCAUUAGUAAUGACAAGGACAUUCCACGAGUAUUAUUUUCUCAAACUCCAAAAUUGUCAUUUUCAUUUCCUUGAAGAUUUUGUUGCUUCAUUUAUCUUCUAAACUCGCCUAAGUUUUUCUGCUUUGCUGCCUUUCAUUCGAAGAUUUAUCCUAUACUACAUGCCCACAUGUGUGAUUGACCUGGACCUUGUAUAGAGGUAAUAAGAUGAAGAUGUUGCGGCUAAGGAUUUCUGGAUGUGUUUUCUUAGUUUCGUUUUGUUACUUGCUUCUCCUUGCACUUGCACAAAGCACAGAUCCUUCUGAAGUCAAUGCACUGCUAGCAGUAAAGAAGAGUCUUAUUGAUCCUAUGAAGAAUCUUUGGAAUUGGGAGAAGGGAGAUCCAUGUACAUCAAAUUGGACUGGAGUUGUGUGUUAUGAAACUUCUGGAACUGAUAAAUACUUGCAUGUUGGGGAGCUCCAGCUGCUAAAUAUGAAUCUUUCAGGAAAUUUAGCUCCUCAGCUUGGUCAACUCUCCCAAUUGAGGAUACUGGAUUUUAUGUGGAAUGAAUUGGAUGGCAGCAUACCAAAGGAGAUAGGAAAUAUUUCAUCUUUGAGACUCCUGCUUUUGAAUGGAAAUAAGUUGUCAGGUGCUUUACCUGAUGAACUUGGCUUUUUAUCAAAUUUGCGUAGAUUCCAAGUGGACCAGAACAAAAUCUCAGGUCCAAUACCAAAGUCAUAUGCUAAUCUGAGCAGUGUUAGACACAUCCACUUCAAUAACAACUCCAUAAAUGGUCAAAUUCCACCAGAGCUGUCCAAAUUAUCUGCUCUGCUUCACUUGCUGUUGGAUAAUAAUAACUUAUCUGGGCAUCUUCCUCCAGAACUUUCAAACUUGUCCGAAUUGCGAAUACUUCAACUUGACAACAACAACUUCAGUGGCUCUGAAAUUCCUCCUACUUAUGGCAAUAUUUCCAAAUUAGCAAAAUUAAGUCUUAGAAAUUGCAGCUUGCGUGGAGCUAUUCCUGAUCUUAGCAACAUAUCAAACCUAUACUAUAUCGAUAUGAGCUGGAAUCAGCUUACGGGACCCAUACCAUCAGAACUUUCUGAUAAUAUGACUACUAUUGAUCUGUCAAACAACCGCCUUAAUGGAUCUAUACCUGGAAGCUACUCAAAUCUUCCUUUGCUUCAGAGACUGUCACUUGAAAACAAUUUGUUUACUGGUUCUGUUCCAGCUAAUUUCUGGAAAAACAUGUCCAGCACAAGUGACAGACUAACUCUUGACCUUAGAAACAAUUCACUCUCAAACAUAUUAGGCGAACUAAACCCACCAGUUAAUGUCACCCUGAGGCUGAGAGGCAAUCCUAUCUGCAAUAGAGCCAACAUGCCAAACAUUUCCCAGUUCUGUGGACCUGAAGCUGAAGCAGAUGGAACAACUGAAAGCUCAACAAAUUCUACAACCUCAUGUCCUACUCAAACAUGUCCGAUAGAUAAUUUCUAUGAAUUCGUCCCUGCAUCACCUGUGUGGUGCUUUUGUGCUUCCCCUCUUACAAUCGGAUAUCGCCUCAAGAGCCCUAGUUUCUCUUAUUUUCCUACAUAUAUUUAUUCGUUUGAGGAGUACUUGGCCAGUGCUCUUAAACUGAACCCUUAUCAAGUAUAUAUUGUUUCAUUUUUUUGGGAAAAAGGUCCUCGUCUAAGGAUGUACUUGAAGCUUUAUCCUGCAUGGAAUGAUGCACAUUCAAACACAUUUAAUUCAACCGAAGUUCAGCGGAUAAGAGGUGUGUUCACGUCAUGGACUUUUCCUCGCACCGACUUUUUUGGACCAUAUGAGCUUCUCAACUUCACCCUACAAGGACCUUAUUCUCAGAUCAGUAUUGGCACCCAGAGUACAAAAAUUAGUAAAGGAGUUUGGGCAGCCAUUAUAAUAGGUGCUAUCAGUUUCACUGUUAUAGCAUCUGUGAUAGUCACAAUUCUGAUUCUGAGAAGACAUGCUGGAUAUGAGCGGAAUCUGUCAAGAAAACGACUAUCCUCAAAGAUAUCAAUGAAAAUUGAUGGUGUGAAAUUCUUCACUUUUAAAGAAAUGACCCUGGCUACGAAUAACUUUAAUAGCUCAACUCAAGUUGGUCGAGGAGGCUAUGGAAAAGUUUAUAGAGGCAUUUUAGCUGACAACACAGUUGUAGCUAUAAAGCGUGCCGAAGAAGAUUCGUUACAAGGCCAAAAAGAAUUCUUGACUGAGAUUAGAUUGCUGUCCAGGUUACAUCACAGAAAUCUAGUUUCAUUGGUUGGAUACUGUGACGAAGAAGAGGAGCAGAUGCUGGUAUAUGAAUUCAUGGCCAAUGGCACCUUGCGAGACUGGCUUUCAGGUGCUAAAGGUAAAGAGAAACUGAACUUUGCUAUGAGGUUAAAAAUAGCACUGGGUUCAGCUAAGGGUAUUCUGUAUCUCCACGCUGAAGCAAACCCUCCAGUAUUUCACCGGGACAUCAAGGCCACCAACAUACUUUUGGACUCCAAGCUUACUGCUAAAGUUGCUGACUUUGGACUCUCACGCCUUGCUCCUGUCCUGGAUGAUGAAGGAAAUUUGCCUAAUCACGUUUCCACAGUAGUGAAGGGAACUCCGGGAUACCUUGAUCCAGAAUAUUUUCUGACCCAUAAGUUGACAGACAAGAGUGAUGUCUAUAGUCUUGGAAUUGUCUUUCUGGAGCUCUUGACUGGGAUGCAACCGAUAACACAUGGCAAAAACAUUGUUCGUGAGGUAACUAUGGCUCAUCAGUCAGGUAUAAUGUUCUCCAUCAUAGAUAGCAGAAUGGGAGCUUAUCCAUCUGAAUGUGUGGAAAGAUUUAUAGCUUUAGCCCUUGGAUGUUGCCAUGACAACCCAGAAAAUCGGCCAUCGAUGUGGGAAGUGGUCAGGGAGCUAGAGACCAUACUCAAAAUGAUGCCAGCUAAAACUGAUGUGAUCUUUUCAGAAUCCACUUCCCUGUAUUCUGGCAGCUCCACUUCCACACACUUUGGGAAUUCAGCAUCAUCAUCUUCAUUUUAUACAGUCAAUGAUGAGUAUGCAUCAUCCCAAGUUUCAGGAAGUGAUCUUAUCAGUGGUGUUAUUCCCAGCAUCAGUCCUCGUUGACAUGGAAAUUGGUCCUUUUAUAUAUAUGCUCAAUCCUUCAAGAUUCUAAUUCUCAUAAUGAGGAACAUUUUGUCAUGUGCAGUUUAGGCAGCUGUAAAAUGAGUUUUUGAUUUCCCAUUUUCUUGGUUUAUGUUGUGUAACAAAGAAACAAUUGGUGUGAGAAAUCUUGUAGCUACUGCAUGAGACUUUGAUUUGCAGAAAGUUUACCAACAUGAAUACAAUUAAUUAUUGACAACAAA